GGCAUGUUUUCCUUUCUUUGAUGGUGGUUUUAAACGUUCUAUAUUCCAAGAAUUGAAUAUUUUGGUUAUUAAAGCUGCGUUUGGGAAAACGCGACGCACAAAGGAAGCGGUGUCCCAAUAGUUUUAUAUUGUGCGACAGCAUCCUCAAAUACAAAGAUGAAGCCACUUACGUCAAAGCAGUUGCAGCGAGUAGAAAAGAGAAAGAAGAAAUUGGCAGCCUAUUUGGAAGUGGCAAAAUUAAAUGAUAAGGACAGAGAGGCCGAAGCUGUGAUGCACCAAAAUAGGAAGGACUUUGAAUGUUCUAAUGCUGAUAAUAAUACUCUUGCAGAAGUACCUCAAGAAGAACAUAGCAGGAAACGUCUUAAGAAGAACAAUGAAACUACAGCGGUUUCAGGAGACAGAACUAUGCACGAGAGAGAUAAAUAUGUGUGCGACCUUCCAGCAGAAUCUUCAGAGCCACGGUUUGAUGCUGAGCUUGUUCUAUCCAAUCAAAAUAAUUUCCCUCCAGGAUUUUCUGAUCAUGCCAUGAGAGGAAAGAGUGGGAAAAUUCAGCUCAGUGGUGAAGAGUAUGCACAACUUAAACGUCAACUUCAAGAAAGGAAGAAGCACUUAAAGUAUAUACCUCGAUUUCGAUUAAAGGGAAUGGGUAAUUGUGCAUCACUCACAGUGAAGGAAGAAGAACGUACACCUCUGUUCCUGAGUGAUGUUCAACAUUUGUUGAUGUAUUCAAUGCUUGGGCAUCAUUCACCAUAUCAGCCAUCAAGGUGGUGCCAACUUGAGAAGUAUAACCAUGUAAGUCAUAGAGUAGUCCUUCUGAUAGAAGGACUAUCUCUUUAUGAUUUUCAAGCUCAUGAGAGUCAGUUCCCUGCAAUCACGGACAUCUUCAAGGACCGAGUUGAGGUUAUAACUCCUCCUGUAUAUAAUGGAAGCCUUGUGGAAGAGCUGGCAGCAGUUCCCCUAACUGGAACACAGAAGCAUAGGCUACUGAAUCAGUUUGAAAGUUUAGAGGUUGCAAUGAAGCACAAAGAAGAUUUAUUUAAGGUGAUGCGUGCUAUAUUUCCUGUCACUGAUUCAUCAUGGACAUCACAUCGUGCAGCACGGCCUGCUUCUGAUCACUACUCCCGCACACAACUGCUGCUCUCAGCUGCCCAGCUUAUUGAAGAGAACUAUCCUCUGCCACUGAAAGGAGAACUUCGUGCAAGGUACACAGAUUUUGUACUUACAAAAGACUUAUACCAUGAGGUAACUCACAGUUCUCCAAUGUUUGGUUUGGACUGUGAAAUGUGUCGUACCACUUCAGGAGAAUUGGAGGUCACUAGAGUGUCUAUUGUUAAUGAACAGUUGGAGGUUGUGUACGAGACUCUUGUGAAGCCUUAUAAUCGUAUCACAGACUAUCUUACACGGUUUUCUGGAAUUACAAAGGAGCUACUUGCUAAUGUUGAAGUCAGGCUAGAAGAUGUGCAGAAAGACAUUAGAGCAUUAUUGCCUCCAGAUGCAAUUCUGGUUGGCCAGUCCCUCAACUUUGACUUGGUAGCUCUCAAGAUGAUGCAUCCAUAUGUGAUUGACACAAGUGUCAUCUACAAUAUAACUGGUGAUCGUUUUCGGAAGACAAAACUAGUAUUGCUUGCACAGAAGUUCCUUGGAGAAGAAAUCCAGAAGGAUAAACAUGGACACUGUUCUGUAGAGGACAGUUCAACCUGCAUGAAGCUGACUCAGCUAAAACUGGCUAAUAAUGUAGAAUAUGGGGAUGCCAUCCUUGCUGGUCGCAGAGUAGCAUUGGGAGUACAGAGGCAGGUACAGCCAACAUCAACGCAACAAGAGGUUGCCACUAGCCUAUUUAGUCAUGUCACCAAACUGGAUAAGUCAGCCCCAAAGAUGGGCGCAGCAUUCUUUUGGCUGUUUGUUCUUUGUGGAUAUGGGCAGUCAUGCUGGUGUUCUGGAGGCAGCAUAUAUGUCCAAACCAUCCUCACCAUGCAUAUACCCAAGAGAAGAAUCAACAUUGACAGUAACUGCCUUGAAAGCCUAAAAUCAAACAUGAAUAAAGAGUGUUAAUAAUUAUUGUGGUUACCAUAUAUUCUUGUUGUAUAAUAUAAAUACUCUGCUGUAUCCAGAUAUGGUAUGUAAAGUGGUUUGAUAUUUUAUCAUAGACUCUAUCUUAAUAUUUUGUGAAUUUCAGUUCACAAUAGUAUAUCAUUUGGCUGAAUAUGUACAGAAUAUUAAUGUUGUCAGAGAGUCUCUGAAGAUGGAUCCUAUAAGGUACUGAAACUUUUUUUGCCUGUCAGUAUUAUAUCAUUGACUAUAGUUAAACAAAAGCUUUUUGGAAGUCUGGCUGUCUAAAUGAAGAAGAGGUAUUCUUGAAAAGCUAAUGGUUGCCCAUUUCAUCAUUACCGUGUUCACAAGAGCCCACCGUUGGUCCCUAUCCUGACCCAGAUGGAUCCAGUUCACUUCUGUCAGUGGCCUCGUCUUCUCAACGGUCUCUUCCCUUCAAGUUUUCCUACCAAAAUUUUGUAUGCAUUUCUCUUCUUUCCCAUGUGCUCCAUGCCCAAUCAAUUUUAUCCUCCAUGAUUUGGUCAUCCUAAUAAUAUUUAACAACCCAUAUAAACUAUGAAGCUCCUCCUUAUGGAAUUUCCUCCACUCUUUGUUACUUUGUCUUUCUUGGUUCCAAGUGUUUUCCUUGCCAUCCUUUUCACAAACACUUUUUGGAAGAUGUUCAUUAUAAUUUAACAAUAAAUAACAGAAGUAAAACAUAUUUACUGAUGUAUUUUGGUAACUUAUUGUGCCAUGUUGAGGGAGAAAUGUCACAUUGUCAAGAAUACAAGUAAGAAACUAUUUCAUAUUACACAGUUUUUCCAGUUUUUCAUUCUAAUAUAAAUUUUAAUUUUUGUCAUUGAAUGUGGUAUUAGAAUGAAGCUAGUGACAUACUUUAGUAAUGGAAGGUUUGCUAUGAGUUGUUAUACUCUGAGACACUUCCUGUUUUGAUUUCAGCUGCUAUUGUGGGCUGCAAGGAAGUGAUUGACAAGUAUUCAGACUACAUGUCUGAGACGAUGUUCAGCAUUAGUGAGAACACUGAGAGUAGU